CAUAUCUAUCUAUCAUCACUCUCAUCACAAGUCCCUACUUUCAUUUGUUCUCAUUCACACUCGGACGUAUAUAUGCGAAUAUCAUUUUCAUAAUCCCCUCAUCUUCUGCCUCUUCAAUCUUCACACCCCCCCUCAUUCCUCUUCACACCCCCUCUCUCCUCUUUCAAUGGCUUCCAUUCCCGUUUUCUCUCCAUUCACUCCCAUGAAACAAAAGCAUAAACCUCUAUCUUUCCAACCUCUCUUACGCACUCGCUCUUCCUUUUCCCUUCAAAGGGUCUCAAAGGGUUGUUCAAUAUCAAGUUUUGCUUGCUCAACUUCUAAGCUUCAUGGUGGAAGAGUUGGGUUUAACCAUAGAGAAGGGAAAACUUCGUUUCUUAAAUUUGGUGUUGAUGAAAGUGUUGUUGGUGGUGGUGGUAAUGGUGAUGUUGGUGAAAGAGAUUGGUCUCAGAUUUUGUCUGCAUUGCUUCCUUUUGUUGUUGCUGUUACUGCUGUUGCUGCUCUUUCUCAACCUUCCACUUUUACUUGGGUAUCUAAAGAGUUAUAUGCUCCUGCACUUGGUGGGAUUAUGUUGUCCAUUGGGAUAGGACUAUCCAUGGAAGAUUUUGCUCUUGCAUUCAAAAGGCCUUUACCACUUUCCAUUGGAUUUAUUGCUCAAUAUGUACUGAAACCUGUACUUGGUGUGUUGAUUGCAAAGGCUUUUGGCUUGCCUAGAAUGUUUUAUGCAGGCUUUGUCCUCACAGCUUGUGUUUCAGGAGCUCAGUUAUCUAGCUAUGCAAGCUUUAUAAGCAAAGGGGAUGUAGCCCUAUGCAUUGUUCUUACAAGCUAUACCACUAUUGCGUCGGUUAUUGUUACGCCUUUAUUAACCGGUCUUCUAAUUGGAUCUGUUGUGCCGGUUGAUGCAGUUGCCAUGUCGAAGUCAAUAUUACAGGUUGUUCUUGCUCCGGUGACACUUGGUCUUCUUCUCAAUACGUAUGCAAAGCCAGUUGUAUCUAUUCUUCGACCUGUGAUGCCCUUUGUUGCUAUGAUUUGUACUUCAUUGUGCAUUGGCAGCCCUCUUGCUAUAAACCGAAGUCAAAUUUUGUCAGGCGAAGGUCUUCGAUUGGUUGCUCCGGUAUUAAUAUUUCAUGCUGCUGCCUUCACCUUAGGAUAUUGGUUCUCAAACCUUCCAUCCUUAAGGCAGGAAGAACAGGUGAGCAGGACAAUUUCAUUAUGCACUGGAAUGCAGAGCUCCACACUUGCAGGCCUUCUAGCAACACAAUUUUUGGGAAGUAGUCAAGCAGUUCCUCCUGCAUGUUCUGUUGUAGCCAUGGCUAUAAUGGGUCUCUGUCUUGCCUCUUUUUGGGGAAAGGGUUUUGAAAUUAAAAACCUGUUGUCAUCAUUACCUUCACUCAGAACCAAUUCUGCUUUUGAGGCCUAACUUCUCGUUUCUUAUUUGUUGGCAUUCGUUAGACAAUGAAUUUAAUAUAGUGGUACUAAUAUCAGAGAUGGCUAGGAAAUGUAGGUAUACAAGAAAUUUCAAGUGUAUAGGUUAGUCGGAAGAGUUUUUGUUAGUAACACUGUAUACACGACCAAGGAAAAUGUAUUCAUUGUAACGCGGUAUAGAAACAGAUGCACAUAUAUUAUUUAUUCUUAUAUAACUGCAAAUUAAUACACCUUGUACAUAGACUUGCUACUAUAUUAUUGAUGAUUGAUUUACUAAUUAACA